AUGGCCGGCGUCCACGAAGCGCGCACCGGCGGCAGCGGCGCCACCAACGGCAGGAGAUCAUCACGGCGGCGGCCGCGGCGCGUCCUGAUGUUCCCGCUGCCGUUCCAGGGCCACAUCAACCCGAUGCUGCAUCUGGGCGACGCGCUCCACGCACGGGGGCUCGCCGUCACCGUGCUCCACACGCGCCUCAACGCGCCGGACCCCGAGCGCCGCCACCCGGAGUUCUAG